CCAGCCCUUAUUUCACCAGGCCCCCGGUGCGGGGCGCCCUCCUUCCCCCAUGGCGGGACACCUGGCCUCAGACUUCGCCUUCUCGCCCCCGCCGGGCGGCGGCGGCGAUGGGCCUGGAGGGCCGGAGCCAGGCUGGGUGGACCCCCGGACCUGGCUGAGCUUCCAAGGCCCUCCCGGUGGGCCCGCCAUCGGGCCCGGGGUUGCACCGGGCGCCGAGGUGUGGGGGAUUCCCCCGUGCCCGCCGCCGUAUGACUUCUGCGGAGCGAUGGCGCACUGCGCCCCGCAGCUCGCCGUGGGCCUCGUGCCUCAGGGCGGCCUGGAGACCUCUCAGCCGGAGGGCGAGGCAGGGGCCGGCGCGGGGAGCCUGUCGGAGGGGCCCUCCCCUGAGCCCUGCGCUGCGCCUCUUGGUGCCGUGAAGCUGGAGAAGGAGAAGCUGGAGCAAACCCCCGAGGAGUCCCAGGACAUGAAAGCUCUACAGAAAGAACUCGAGCAGUUUGCCAAGCUCCUGAAGCAGAAGAGGAUCACUCUGGGCUACACUCAGGCUGACGUGGGGCUCACCCUGGGGGUUCUCUUUGGAAAGGUGUUCAGCCAAACCACCAUCUGCCGAUUCGAGGCCCUACAACUCAGUUUCAAGAACAUGUGUAAGCUGCGGCCCCUGCUGCAGAAAUGGGUGGAGGAGGCCGACAACAAUGAGAACCUUCAGGAGAUUUGCAAAGCGGAGACCCUCGUGCAGGCCCGGAAGAGAAAGCGAACGAGUAUUGAGAACCGAGUGAGAGGCAACUUGGAGAACAUGUUCCUGCAGUGCCCGAAACCCACGCUGCAGCAGAUCAGCCACAUCGCCCAGCAGCUGGGGCUCGAGAAAGACGUGGUCCGUGUGUGGUUCUGUAACCGGCGCCAGAAGGGCAAACGAUCAAGCAGUGACUGUUCCCAACGAGAGGAUUUUGAGGCCACCGGCUCUCCCUUCGCAGGGGGGCCUAUGUCUUUUCCUCUGGCACCAGGGCCCCAUUUCGGUACCCCAGGCUAUGGCAGCCCUCACUUUGCUACCCUGUACUCGCCAAUGCCCUUCCCUGAGGGGGAAGCCUUCCCCUCUGUGCCUGUCCCUGCUCUGGGCUCCCCCAUGCAUUCAAACUGAGCUGCCUGCCCUUCCCAGGAACCCGGGGUGAAGGCAGAGGUCAGGGGAGACGCUAGGGAGAGAGAACCUGGAGUCAGGGCUUUGGGGAUUCAGUUAUUUCACUAUGGAAGGCAUUGGAAACACAAAGGGUGGGGCAAGGAGUUUUGGGAACUGGUUGGUGGGAAGGUGAAGUUCAAUGAUGCUCUUGAUUUUAAUCCCCACAUCACUUUGUUUUUAAAUAAAGAAGCCUGAGACACAACGG